AUUCAUUUGCCACAUAACCAAUCUGAAGAAAACAAAAACAUCUAAAACCCAUCUCUCAUCUUUUAAAUAUUUCCACUCUCACCCCAAAACUAAUAGAUAUUAUAUUCAUACCCUACUGUUGUUACCAAUGUCCUCUAGAUCGAUUUACCGUACUCUUCGACCGAUGCUAUCAUCCGGUUUAGGUACUGGACCGGGAGUAAGGGGACACAUCAUCAGCCACUUGCCCACUGUUCGCUUUUUGAGCUCCGACACGUCAUCUCCGGCGAAUGAGAAUAAGCAGGCGGAGGAACCGGUCCGGACGGCCGACGGCAAAGUCAUAUCCACUUAUUGGGGUAUACCACCGGCUAAGAUUACUAAACCGGAUGGUUCAGCUUGGAAAUGGAAUUGUUUUCAGCCGUGGGAUUCAUACAAACCGGACGUGUCCAUUGAUGUAACCAAACAUCACGAACCGAUCAAUUUCACUGACAAAUUCGCAUAUUGGACCGUCCAAACUCUUAAAAUACCGGUUCAAUUAUUUUUCCAGAGGAAGCAUAUGUGCCAUGCAAUGUUGCUGGAAACGGUGGCGGCAGUGCCGGGAAUGGUCGGAGGGAUGCUUUUGCACUUGAAAUCUCUCCGGCGAUUCGAACAUAGCGGUGGAUGGAUCAAAGCUUUGCUCGAAGAGGCCGAGAACGAGCGUAUGCAUCUCAUGACCUUCAUCGAACUCUCACAACCCAAAUGGUACGAACGAGCGAUUGUGUUUACGGUUCAAGGCGUCUUCUUCAACGCAUAUUUCUUGUCUUAUGUAAUAUCUCCCAAACUUGCUCAUCGUAUCACUGGAUACUUAGAAGAAGAAGCUGUGAACUCUUACACCGAGUUUCUCAAAGACAUUGAUGUCGGAAAAUUCGAAAAUUCCCCAGCUCCGGCCAUCGCAAUCGAUUACUGGAGGUUGCCUAAAGAUGCGACGCUGAGGGACGUGGUUUUUGUUAUCCGAGCUGAUGAAGCUCAUCACCGAGAUAUUAACCAUUAUGCUUCGGAUAUACAAUUUCAAGGACAUGAACUCAAGGAAGCUCCGGCUCCCAUUGGAUAUCACUGAGGAAUAAUAAGGAUCACGCGAGUAGUGGUGACAAAGCUUUUGUAUAUACAGUAUAUAAGAAUGAACAUGUGUGGUUGUACAUGAUACUUUAUUCUUUUCUAAAACCCCCUUGUAAUGUUCUUAGACAAGGUUUGUAAAUCAAUAUUUAGAUUAAAUAAUGUUUAAAAAAGAAGAUUAAAUUCUACUUAAUUGUUUAACUUAGAAGUAUCAUCGAAUAAAUUAACUAAAUGUAUGUAUAUGAAAAUGUUUAUUU